AGAGAGAGAGAGAGAGAGAAACUGAACAAAAGGGGAGGAUAUUUCUUUCCCUCGUCUUCUUCGUUGGGAGUUCUGCAAAAGAAUGUCUCACACUUGAAGGCGAGCAGUUACAGAAUUUGCAGGAGCUUCAGCCUUCAGGCAUGGCGAUGGGCAUUGCCGGAGUGGCGGUGUUGCUCUUGGCCACUGCCUUCAUUGAGGUCACCGCCGACACUAACUCAGACGAUGCGACUGCCCUCAAGACCUUGUACACAACCUUGAACUCGCCAUCGCAGCUCACGAACUGGGCCUCGCAGAACGGCGACCCGUGUGGCCAGUCUUGGCUUGGGAUCACAUGCUCUAAUUCAAGAGUGAUAACAAUAAAAUUACCCGGCAUGGGGCUCAGGGGAACUUUGGGAUACAACAUGAAUAUCCUCACUGCAUUAGUUGAGCUUGAUAUGAGCAACAAUAAUCUCGGAGGUGGUGACAUCCCUUAUAAUCUGCCUCCCAAUCUUGAGAUACUAAAUCUUGAGAGUAACGACUUUACGGGGACUUUACCUUACUCCAUUUCACACAUGGCCGCACUUAGGUUUUUAAAACUUGGCCAUAAUCAGAUAUCCAACGUCAAUGUUGUGUUCAACCAACUCACCAACUUAACAACAUUGGACCUCUCAGACAACACAUUUUCUGGCACUCUUCCAGAAAGCUUCAGCUCCUUGAAAACUUUAACCACUCUUUAUUUGCAGAACAACCAGUUUACCGGCACAAUAGGCAUCCUCUCUGAUCUCCCUCUGACUGACCUCAAUGUUGCAAAUAACCAGUUCAGUGGUUGGAUUCCUGAAAAGUUGAAGACAAUAGGAAUUCUUCAGACGAGUGGGAAUUCCUUCAGCAACAGCCCUUCGGAACCACCUGCACCGACAUCGCAGACCACUCCUUCGCCACAACCUUCUUCGACAGGCAGUCCUAGUGACAGUAACAGUGACAGUAACAAUAAUCUACCAAGUGGAAGCAAUGGCGGUAAUGUUAGCGGCAGUGAUGGUGGUAAGAGGAAGGUUGGAGGUGGGGCAGUCGCCGGAAUCGUCAUAUCUCUGCUGGUUCUGGGCGCAAUGGUUUCCUUCUUUUUUAUCAAGAGGAAAUAUAUGAGGCCUCGGCAGGGAGGAGAUCCUGAAAAGGAUGUGCCUCUGGCCCCUCUUGCUUCAGGAAAAUUUAAGCUGCUCAGGCCCAUGAACAUUGUCUCGCCAGCUGGGAAGGAAGGAUUGCAGAGGACCGUCUCCAUGAACUUGAAACCUCCUUCGAAAAUCGACUUGCACAGGUCCUCGGACGAAAAUGAUCGCAUGAACAAGUCCGUCGCGACGAAGACGACAAACCUCUCUUCCAUCAGAGCGACUGUAUACACGGUGGCAGAUCUCCAGGUGGCGACCGAGAGCUUCAGUGCUGACAGUCUUAUUGGUGAAGGCGCUUUCGGGCGGGUUUAUAGAGGACAAUUCUCAGAUCAGAAGGUUCUGGCCGUGAAGAAAAUCAAUUUCUCUGCCCUCCCAAGCAAUCCAUCUGAUUUCUUCAUUGAGCUGGUCGCAAACAUUUCGAAGCUAAAUCACCCUAACCUCUGUGAGCUAGAUGGCUACUGCUCCGAGCAUGGACAAUGCUUGCUGGCAUAUGAUUAUUACAGAAAUGGUUCUCUCCAUGACUUCCUUCACCUGUCGGAUGGAAACGACAAACCAUUAUCCUGGAAUAGCCGCGUCAAGAUUGCGCUAGGGUCUGCGAGGGCAUUAGAAUAUCUGCACGAAUCUUGCUUGCCGCCUGUCAUCCAUAAGAAUUUCAAGUCAGCUAACAUACUACUGGAUGACGAGCUUAAUCCUCAUCUAUCAGAUUGUGGGUUUGCUGAUCUCAUUCCAAACCAUGAGCUCCAGGAAUCAGAUGACAAUUCAGGAUAUAGAGCUCCAGAGGUGACCAUGUCCGGUCAGUACUCCGAAAAGAGUGACGUGUACAGUUUUGGAGUGGUGAUGCUAGAGCUCCUCACUGGCCGCAAAGCAUUUGACAGCUCCCUGCAAUGGUCACAGCAGUCACUAGUCCGAUGGGCCACGCCGCAGCUGCACGACAUUGAAGCGCUGGAUCAGAUGGUUGAUCCAGCAAUGGAGGGGCUGUACCCUGCUAAAUCUCUCUCUCGUUUCGCAGACGCGGUCGCCCUUUGUGUCCAGCCUGAGCCGGAGUUUAGGCCACCGAUGUCGGAGGUCGUGCAGUCGCUGGUCCGUCUUGUGCAGAGAUCAGGCGUGCUCCGUGGCGGCAGCGAUUCUCUCCGGCAUGAGGAUCACAGUAACUACAAGUUCUAAGGGAAGAUGGUGUACGUCUCAUAAAGAAGUUUUGAGUUGAGCAGAGGUACAGAGAUUGCUUGGCUUUGCAGUGGCCUGGAUUGAUAAACCACUGUCAUCUAGAAUUGUUGUUUUGCCAACCCUCAUUUCACCGACAGUUGUCACACAUUUGUUUGUUUUUCUUUUUUCCCAUAAUGAUAGCAUGUAAACAAUUAUCCCGCAAUGCAACACUGAAGUUAUUUGUGUA